AUGUACAAUAUAGAAAAUGGAUUUCCAAUUGACCGAGACUCUAUCACAUAUCCGCUGACUUGGUUUAGGAUUUCACAGGACCAUGCUCCAGGGCCUUGUCACAAGUUACCACCAAUAGAAUACGGAUCUGAGGACAUUACAACCCUUCCUAAUGGCAUUGCAAUCAUAUCUUCUAGCCUAUAUGGACCGCCACAUAGUAAUUUGUACAGUUUUGAUUUCAACGCCCCAGAUAAAAAGGUUAAGGAAAUAACAAUUGUUGGUAAUUUUAAGAAAACAGACCUUUAUCCACAUGGCAUCUACGUAUGGAUCGACAAAAAAUCAGGAAACGUUACAUUGUUUUUGGUUAACCAUGCACCUGGAAUUGAAGCAGUCGUUGUUUUUGAUUAUGAUCAAAACGAAAACACAUUAUACCACAAGAAAACCAUCACAGACCCUUUGUUUACGAGCUUGAAUGAUGUGGUAGCAGUUGGUCCAGAUACAUUCUAUGCAACCAACUUCCUCACGUUUGGCUACAAAUACAUCUUAUUAGAAAAAAUUCUACAGUUGCCGUUCGCAAAUGUUGUUUUCUAUGACGGAAAGAAAUCCUCGGUUGUUGCUAGUGGACUGUCAGGAGCCAAUGGAAUCAAUGUAUCGCCCGAUCAACGGACCAUAUAUGUUUCCACAUCGUUUAGCCAGCAACUACAUGUCUACUCACGAAAAGAGGAUUCAUCCCUGGAGGCGGUAAAGGUACUUCAUGUGCAAUUUGAUCAGGAUUGGAACGCUACCAUAAGAGAAGUGUAUGCAGACAAUGGCAACAAUUUUAAAGGUUCCAGCGUGGCAAGUUUCUAUGGUGACCAGAUGCUAGUUGGAAGCAUCACUGGAAAUCUCCUGCACUGUCACGUGUAUGCUUUUUAA